GAGAGAAGUAAUCAUAUUUGUAAUUUGCCAUGUGUCUUUAUACGUUCCUACCUAUGGUCGUCUGCUGUGACGCGGAACAAAAUGGCGUCGAGUAAUGAAGUGCCGGUAGAAAUCAACCAAAGUAGUAUGUGCACAGCGGAAAAUUCGACAUCAAAAAUGGAGUCCAUGGAAGUAACAGAGACUACACCUACAUCGAAUAAAGAUGCAACCCCGUCAUCUUGUAAGGAAUCUGUUUCUGUGGAUGAUAUGACAUCUCGAGAUUAUUAUUUUGAUUCGUACGCCCAUUAUGGAAUCCAUGAAGAGAUGCUAAAGGAUGAAGUGCGCACUGUAACGUAUCGUAAUUCCAUGUACCACAAUAAACACCUUUUUAAGGGAAAAACUGUCCUUGACAUUGGCUGUGGAACUGGUAUACUUUCAAUGUUCGCUGCUAAAGCAGGAGCAGCUAAAGUUAUUGGUAUUGAAUGUUCUAACAUUGUUGAAUAUGCUGAAAAGAUUGUAGAAGCAAAUCAGUUGUCGAACGUCAUAACAAUACUUAAAGGAAAGGUUGAAGAAGUUUCAUUACCUGAUGGUGUAGAAAAGGUCGACAUAAUUAUUUCUGAAUGGAUGGGAUAUUGUUUGUUUUACGAAUCAAUGUUGGACACAGUGCUCUUCGCUAGAGAUAAAUGGCUUCGUGAAGAUGGAAUGCUAUUCCCUGAUAAAGCAACUCUAUUUAUUUGUGGCAUCGAAGACAGACAAUAUAAGGAUGAGAAGAUAAACUGGUGGGACGAUGUGUAUGGAUUUGAUAUGAGUAGUAUAAGAAAAGUAGCAAUUAGCGAACCUCUAGUGGACGUUGUGGAUCCGAAACAAGUCGUUACAAAUGCAUGUCUAAUCAAGGAAGUUGAUUUAUAUACAGUAACCAAGGCUGACUUGGAAUUUUCCUCGCCAUUUACUCUACAAGUUCGCAGGAACGACUAUGUUCAAGCACUAGUUACAUUCUUCAACAUCGAAUUCACCAAGUGCCAUAAACGCAUUGGUUUUAGUACAGCGCCAGAAGUACAGUACACUCAUUGGAAACAAACUGUGUUCUACUUUGAUGAAUACAUGACUGUCAAAAAAGGAGAAGAAAUAUAUGGUGUCUUUUCAAUGAAACCUAAUGCAAGGAACUACAGAGAUCUGGAUUUCAGUAUUGAACUGGAUUUUAAAGGGGAUUUGUGCCAAGUACACGAAACUAAUACUUAUCGUAUGCGCUGAUAUCUAUCAGAUGAUUCAUCUUCUUCCUUUUAUUUUCAUGGAUCAUAAAACUGUAAUCAAAUAGAAGACCAGAACUUUUAAUUAUUAUUGAAUUAUAUUAGAUAAUUUAAUAAUGUUUAAUAGUACGGUACAAUGGAUGAUACAAGUUAUACAACUGAUUUUAAUCUUUACUUCUAGAAAGUUUAUAGGCUUCCCUACCAUUUGAAAAUGAAUAGAACAUUCAGAAUCUUUGUUAAUCUCGUUUAAGUUUGCAAUACAACUUACCAUAAAAGAAUAAAAUUAAU